AUGGUGGUUGUCUCGCGAAUCCAAGACCCAUUCUUGCUCCGCUUGCGCCUAGCUCUCGCACUCAAACGUUCCUCGCAACGCCUCCCGCGCUUCCGCCGAGACGCCGCGCAAAACGGUGAAGUCUCCGCUGACGCAGACGCCAAACCGCCAAGCCCCAGUCCACCCGCGCAGGCGGCAUCUGCGCCGUCCGGAUCCGGCGGAAAAGCUUCGCGAGGCGCGGGGAAGGCGGGACCGGGGAAAGGGAAGGGGAUCGGGAAGGUGCGACCAUGGGUGGUGCUGCAGCGACAGUGGCUCACGAUCUUCCUCGUGGCGUGGCUGCUGGGUGGCUUAGCGCUUGCCACGUGGACCGUGUUGUAUUCACACAGCGCGCUGCAGGAAGAGCGGUACUCCAGCCUGCUGACGUGGUGCGGUGAACGCGCGCGUUCGCUCGUGCAUCAGUUUCGGUCGUCGAGCGACCAUGCGAUGGUAUUCACGGGGCUAGUCGACGUGUUCGGCGAGACGGCGGACGGCAACCCGUGGGGGUACGGCAGCUGCAUCACGCGGGAGAGCUUCCAGGCGUACGUGAACGAGACGAGCUACGCGCGCCCGUGGGUCUCCGCCAUCACCUGGAUCGUCUUCGUCACGCACGCGCAGCGAGCCGAUUUUGAGAAGAAGUUCAAUGUGACGAUCAAGAGCGACAGCACGAAGCAGCCGUCGCCCCCGCGCGACUGGUACGCUGUGUUUCUGUAUAUCUCCCGGGGGGCGCUCACCAACAACAGCGACUGCUGCUACGACGGGAGGCAGUACAGCCGGUUCAAGGAGGCCAUAGAGCACGGCAUCAAGACGCACAACACCACCAUCACGCCUACCUUCGCCCUCGCUGCCAACGGCAACCGCGGCCUCGGUUUGGGCUUCCCGGUGCUGAAGAACACAACAGACGGCAGGCAGGAGAUGAAGGGCAUGAUCGGCGCGGUCAUUGACAUGCAGGCGCUCAUAGACUUCCUCCUCAAGAAGCUGCUCUCUGCUUCGCGGGAGAUGAAGGGCAUGAUAGGUGCACUCAUUGACGUACAGGCGCUCAUUGACGUACAGGCGCUCAUAGGCUUCCUCUUCAAGAAGCUUCUCUCCGCCUGUCAGGCUAGAGGUCUCGAGUUCGAGUCUAGGCGUCGUUCAUGGACAUGCUGUGCCUUGGAAGAGGUGCUGACCACGCACUUCAACUUCCUUCUCAAGAAGCUGACCCACCCGCCCCGUGCCUCUCUCCCUUUCGAGGUGGCCUUUAAGUCGACUCAAAAGGCGCCGAUCACGCUCUUCAAAUACCUUCUCAGGAUGCUGACCCGCCCCGUGCCCGUGCCUCGCUCCCUUUCUCCUGCAGCCGCACCCUUCAAGCUGCAGCUGUACGAUCUGUACGAUGUAACGAACCGCACUGCACCCGUCCCGAUGUACGACAGCGAGCGCACGGACGGCUACACUACGCUGCCCGACCAGACGGUGGCGCCCGCCUCGGACGAACUGCUGCAGCCAACCAGGUUCCGCCACGUGGAGCCCAUUGACCUCCGGGAUCCGUCUCGACAGUACGAGCUCUGGUGCCGGUACACGGAGAGUGACACGGUGGCGUGGGGGUGGAGCUCGCUGUCGUGGGGCGUGCUGCUGCUGGUGGUCUUCAUCCUCGUCUUCUACAUCCUCCUAACCAUGGGCCGCCAGAACGCCGCCAUGCGCCGCAACUACCGCCGCAUGGAGGCCCUUAAAGCCCGCGCCGAGGCCGCUGACCGAGCCAAGAGCAACUUCCUCGCUACGGUGUCACACGAGAUCCGCACUCCGAUGAACGGCGUGCUAGGCAUGCUGGAUUUCCUGUUGGAUUCGAAGCUGGACGCGCAGCAGCAGGAGCAUGCGCGCAUGGCCAAGGCGUGUGGGCAGACGCUGGUGUCGCUGCUCAACGACGUGCUCGACCUCGCCAAGGUCGAGGCCGACCGCCUCGAGCUCGAACACCUCCCCUUCAACCUGCGCUCCUCUGUUGACGACAUUCUCGACAUCUUCCGCACCAAGUCCCAGGACCUGGGGCUCGAAUUGGCGGCACUGGUGGACCCGAACGUGCCCGAGGUGGUAGUGGGGGAUCGCAUUCGGCUGCGCCAGGUGGUGGUGAACCUCAUCGGCAACAGCAUCAAGUUCACCCAGCGAGGCCACAUCUUCGUGCACAUCUCCGCGCCCUUCGCCGCCAUGCCGGUCCCCUCCUCCCUCCCCUCGCCCCUCACCCUCCGCGCGCGCUUCAACACUCUCGCCGCCUCCGCGCCGCCCGCCUCCCUCGCGAUGGCCAAUCGCAAGCUGACAGCUGGCGACGGCUGGGGGCUGCACUCCGCGGAGGUCCAGCUGGCGUGCUCGCCGCUGCGUCAGACCGGGCCGAUCUCGGCCUCGCUCGCCGCGAUUGGCCGGAGCAUCUCGCGCGGUUACCAGACGCUGUCCGGCCGCCCGACGUCUCUCGUGUGCGGGCCCGGGGGAACGGCUGGGGCAGGGGCAGGUCUGGGGCAGCCUAGCUGCGGAACAGGCGACCUGGUGGGGUGCUUCCCUGCUCUGCUCCAGCCGGGGUAUUUACAGAUGGAGGACGGGGUCUCUGUGGGGAUUCAGGACGGGGGGAUGGAGGAGAUGGAAGGAGGGGGGAAGGGCGGGGAGGAGGAGAUAAUGGUGGGGGAGGGGGAGGGCGCGGAGGGGGAGAAGGAGAGGGAGAAGAGGGAGGACACGAUCACGCUGCUCAUUACGUGCGAGGAUACCGGGGCGGGUAUCCCGCUGUCGUCUCAGUCCAAGAUCUUCCAGCCCUUCACUCAGGCGGAGAGCAGCACGGCGCGCACGCACGGAGGCACGGGUAUCGGGCUGACCAUCUCCAAGCGCCUCGUAAAGCUCAUGGGAGGAGAUAUGACGUUCGUGAGCGAGCCAGGCGUGGGCACCACCUUCGUGCUCACAGUCAACCUCGGCCUCAUGCCGCCCCGCAUCCCCCGCUCCGUCCCCACCUCCCUCCCACCGGACCUCCUCCCGAUGCUGGACGACGAUCCCGAUGCUGCCGCCAUGAUCGAGAAAUUCCUCAACCGAGCCGUGCUGGUGGUGGACGGGCUGCAGGUUCGGCAGCGGGUGGCGAGCAGCGUCUUAUCUCGCCUCGGGAUCACCCCGAUUCCGGCCACUGACGCAGCCUCGGUGCCUGCGAUUGCCGCCAGGGGGUUCCUACGGGGCCCGCCCCUGCCUGGGUCAGCCACGUUUGAGGAUGACAUUCGGCCAUGGGAUGCUAUCUUUGUGGAUAAGGACGCGUUUGGCCCCAAGACGGGCUUCCAGGUGGCGCGGGCGAUCCGCGAGGCGUUUGCCGCCGCGGAGAAGGGGGCAGGGGAGAGGGGCGUUGGGGAGAGGAGUGUGGGGGAGACGAUUCAGGAGGAGGGUGGAGAGGCAGGGGCGGGUGCUGGCAAUGGUGCUGGUGGUGCUGCUGGGGCUGGUGGUUCUGGUGGUGGGGGGGCCAGCAAGGCGCGCAAGCAGCCGCCGCUGAUUCUGGUGGCGUGUCGGCUGGAGGCGGAUGAGAAGGGCGAAGUGGAGGCGUGCGGCUUCGAGGAGCGCCUGCUCAAGCCGCUGCGCAAGUCCAUCGUUGCCGCGUGCCUCGUGCAGGUGAGAGCUGGGGAGGUGUUACCUGAUGGCAGUCGCAGCAGCAACACAGAGAAGCAAGCAGCAACACUGUUUGAUUCGGCUCAAUCUGUGCCCCUCCAACCCCUGCUUUCUCCCUCCCACGACCCCCCUUCAAUUCCCACUCUCUCCUCUCCCAUCCCCGCACCCCAGGUGGUGGAUGACAACGUGGUGAAUCAGAAGGUGGCAACGCGCAUGCUGCAGCGCUACGGCGUGCUGUGUGAGGCGGUGGACAGUGGCAUGGCGGCGCUGCAGGCCGUGCAGGACGCUGAGGGGAGAGGGCAGCCGUUUGAUGCCAUCUUCAUGGACGUGCAGAUGCCCGGCAUGGACGGCUACGAGACAACACGCUCCAUCCGGCGGAGGGAGAGGGAGAGCGGGGCGGCAGCAAUCCCCAUCCUGGCCAUGACAGCUGACGUCAUCAGUGGCAGCCGCACGCGGUGUGAGGAGGCGGGCAUGGAUGGGUUUGUGCCCAAGCCCAUUGAUGAGGAGCAGCUGCACGCCACGCUCUGGAACUGUUUCGGCCGGGCCUAA